CCGAAGAGCACGACGACGCGACACCGGAGGAGCAGCACAAGGAAUUCAUGGCCAAGCUCAUGACCAGGUUGGUUUACACUUGUAACCACCUGCAGUUCGAGCUGGCGAACCUCCAGCGGGCCGUGCGGAACCACAAGGCUCAGCACGAGGAUGCAGCACGGGCACUUGAUUACCGUGUACAGGACUUGGAGCAAACUGCACCAAGACCGGAGGCUGGCGAGUCCAGCAGUGCACCCUCUGCCCGCCAAUUGGAGGAACGCGUCGACCACGUAGUAGCAAUGCUAGGUGACAUCAGCACCUUUGCGGCACCAGUCACCAUCAGCCAGCAGCUGGACACACUGAAGACCGAGAUCAGGCAGCGACAUCAGCCGCCCGACAAUGAUCGCAGCACCAACACCAGCACGGCGAAGCACUACAAGAUGCCGACGUUCCGGAUCGAGAAGUUCGAUGAUUACACACAUCAAGACCCGGUCGUCUGGUGGCAAAGAUUCACAAUGGAGUUGGGGAUUCAUGAGGUCCCCGAACAUUUGUUCAUCGGCGCGUUGUUCCUUAACGCCAAGGGAGGAUGCCAGAUCUGGCUCAGCCAUAUGGCAACCAUCCACGGCGUCCAGGUCUUCGACCUACACAAGAAGGUCUCCUGGGAGGAGCUGACAAAAGAAUGGAAGAAGCGGUUUAUCGUUGACGACGCCCCGGCGCUCGCCAUCAACCGCAUCUUCACGAUGGCUCAAGGAAACACAGUGACACGUGAUUGGCUCACGGAUUGGCAGAAGAUCGUGGCGACGCCCGAUCUGGACUUGCCAUUCCCGCAUCUACGCCGGGAGUUCUACAACCGGUCAUGCGCCGCUUUGAGCCUCGCGCUUGGUGAUCGUGAGCAGUACAACACCUUCGCCGAAAUCAUCAACAAGGCGAGGGAGAUCAUCAAGACAAACAAGGAAGUUGCACACGAUAAGUCAACGUGGCAGCCAACCUAUGUGGAGAAGGUGAAAACUGGUCCGUGGCCGCAGCAUGUUCAUAAUCCUUGAAGGUAGAGGCUCAGGCCCCAGAGCCGG